AUGGUCGUCAACACAACAGAGCACGGAAUGCAGGCAGACGUGGUAUUCGUGAUAGAAGGAACCGCUGCAAAUGGCGCGUACUUUAACGACCUCAAAACUAAUUACUUGAUCCCGACGCUGGAGUACUUUAACCAGGGCAGCAUCGAGGAUCGGGAGUACGUCACGGAGAACAGCACCACCCGGUAUGGGAUUGUCAUCUACCACGCGGCGGAUUGUCUGCCUAGGCCUUGCACAGACACCUUCGGGCCGUACUCAAAUCCGCAUAAAUUGCUGCUGAAGAUGGAGAGUCUUGAACAUUACUCUUGCAGAAUGGUUGGGGGCCGCGGUGAGUCCCACGCAAACAUAGCCGAAGGUCUCGCUACAGCUUUAAUUUGCUUCGAAGACCUCCAAGUGGAACGCGAACCCAGCACAGCCUCCCAAAAGCAUUGCAUUUUGGUCUGCAACUCGCCACCAUACCAAAUAUCCGUGCAAGAGUGCUACAAGUUCCUCGGUCAGUCGAUCGAGACCCUCCCACCAGUGUUCCAAAAGCGGAACAUCAACCUCUCAAUCGUAUCCCCGCGAAAAAUCCCGGAGUUCUUCAAGAUCUUUGAAUUAGCAGGUGGCGACCUCCAGAGUUCCCAAACAAAGAACUACGCAAAGGACCCGCGGAACUUGGUUCUGCUGCACAACUACAACCUGAAAGAGCGUCCAGUGACUCCAACAAACGUAGCACCGGUCCACGCAACGCCGAACCCGGUCCAGAUCCCCUCCAGCCCGGUCCAGACGCACGACAGCCCGAACACCAACCAGAACUCGGCAAUUCCCCCUCCAGCUCCGCAAAACCCCGCCUUCCGGAACACUGCACCAAUCAUCGGAACUCCCUCUAUGCCAGUUCCAAUGAACCCCGGGCGUCCCGUUUUCAACCCGCAGAUCACAGCGCCACCUUCGUACCACCCAGCGCGAGCCCCUCAGGGAAGAUGGCGGACUCCUUUCAUCGCUCCUGGCGCCACAGUGCAGUCCAACACCCAGGGCAGUGCCCUGAUUGCUCAGCUAACGCAGCCGCCUACGGCCUUAACCGGUAUUAAUGUUCCGUUCCAAGGAACCCCGCCUGCGCCUCAAGCUCCCCAGACCCAGCAGGCCCAACUUACCCCGCAGCAGCAGCAACAACUCCGGAACAUCCAGCUCCAGCAGCAACAGCAACAGAUGCAGCAGCAGAACAUGCAAAACAUGCCUAUGACCGCUGUUAACGCCCAAGGAACCGCUGGAACUGCUCAAGCGCCUGCGCAGUCCGCUCCCGCGCAACAGCAGCCCGCUAAUCCGGUUCCGCAACGUGAGAGACCUCCAAUUUGGCAGGGGGUUCUUGAGUGGCUUGAGAAGGCUAAGAAUCCUACCGAUACCCAGAAACAGACACGGCAAGUUCCGUGCCAGGUAUCUGCUAACGCCAAAGAUGAAGAGAUUGAACUUAAGGCUGAUUCCUGGCCCCACAAGCUGAUCAUGCAGCUGAUGCCUAAGCAGCUGAUUGGCAGCAUAGGUGGCGCUUAUCUCAAGAACUCCAGGAGUGUUCUGUUCCACCCGACGCCUUGCGAUGCUUUGGACUCGCUAACAAAGGUCAUGAGCACUGGGUUCGCAGGUUGCGUCCAUUUUACUUCAGCACCAUCUAUGCCGGCUUGUGACAUCAAGGUUCUGAUUCUUCUGUACACUACUGAAAAACGAGCGUACCUGGGGUUCAUUCCCAACGAUCAAGGCGCCUUUGUUGACAGGCUUAGGAAGGUCAUCCAGCAGCAGAAGUCCAGCCAAGCUUCUUCUAGGAACCAGCUGUUUCCUGCUGGUGGCGCUAGUGGUCAGUCUCCGGCUAGCAACAUUCCUGCCCAGAUGCCCUCUGCUGGUGGAAUUGUCAGUCAGGGGGGAAUCAUGAUGAGCCAGACUAAUACUAUGACCAUGGGCGGUGGGCAGAUUACUCAGGUCGCUCCACAGCAGCAGGGGAUCAGUAAUCAGCAGCAGAACCAAGGACAGAUGAGUAUUCAAGGUAGCAUGCCGCAGCAGGUUGAUAAUUCUGGGAAUAAUAUGGCUGGAGGUCAUCAGAGAAUGUAUGAACAUACACAUGUUGAAGUCGCCAGGCAGCAGAAUCUGAUGAAGAUUCAUCAACUUAAGCAGACUCUUGAGGCUGCUCAGCAGCAGGAGGCUCAGUAUAAGUCUCAGUUGGAAGUUAGUAUUCAGCAGAACCUAGAGGUGGCGCAGCAGCAAGAAAUGCAGUACAAACAGCAGAUUGAGGCUCAGCAAGCACAGAGAGGCAUUAAUCCUAAUGCUGGAAUGGCAGUACAGCAGCCCAAUUCUCAGAGGAUGAUGCGACCAGUGAUGGCCAAUAAUUUACAGCUAAGACAUCUUCUUCAACAGCAACAUAACCCUCAACAAUACCGCCAGCAAGUUCUUGGAAUGCAGCAACAAAUGGUGGGUCCCAGAGGGCAAAUGAACGUCAGGCCAAUCAAUAAUAAUAAUCAGCAGAACCAACAGUUUGAUGACGUUUCUAGUUAUGACUUUUUGGGUUAA